AUGGAACCGCACCAGGAGAGGACGAGGACGUUGACCCAGACUCAAUCUCCGCGCUGUGACCCGGUAUUAGCCCUUUACGCUAUCUCCACCCCUUUGCCUUUGUAUGAUGUUUACAUCCUCCUCAGAGAACUGGUUGCUUUAAAUUACUUGGAGCUGCAUGAGGAACAUGCUGGAUGUCCUCUAGGAUAUUUUCCUUGUGGAAACAUUUCAAAAUGUUUGCCACAGAUUCUCCACUGUAAUAGUGUGGAUGACUGUGGAAAUAAAGCCGAUGAACAAGAUUGUGUGCUUGGGAAUAUUUCAGAGAAAUGUCAAUGCAGAGGCUUGGAACUCGAGUGUGAACGUGCUGAACUAUAUUCCAUUCCCUUGGUUUCAUCCAAUGUACUAGCACUGAGACUGCCAGUCAAUAGGCUAAGAAAACUUCAUGCUGAUUGCUUUACCAACUAUCAAGACCUUAGAGAGCUAAACCUUAGAAACAAUGAAAUUGCAACAAUUUCUGAUCGAGCAUUUAAAGGACUGAACAAUCUAACUAAACUGUUUUUGAACAACAAUCGCAUAACAUACCUGCCACCAGGCGUGUUUGAAGAUCUCCAUCAAGUCGAAUGGCUAAUUCUUGAAAACAAUAGAAUUCAAAAGAUUUCUCCCCAAACCUUCCUGGGACUGAAGGCAGUCAUUCUCCUAGUGCUGCUGAACAAUUCCUUCCAUCAGCUGCCUGAUAAGCCUAUCUGUCAAGAAAUGCCCAAUUUGAGCUGGCUGGAUUUGGAAGGCAAUCAAAUUGAAUCUGUGAAGAAUGGAACUUUUAUGCAUUGCAGCCAGUUAACUGUACUGGUUCUCCGCAGGAAUAAAAUCAGCUCUAUACAUGAAAGUGCUUUUGCGCCAUUACAAAGGCUAGGAGAAAUGGACUUGUCUUCAAACAAGAUUCAAGAAUUGCCGCAUAACCUUUUUCAGCAACUUAAGGAACUUAUACAAUUGAACAUUUCUUUCAAUAUCAUGAAGCAAAUCCAUAAAGACCAAUUUGAUUGCCUGGAGAAUCUAAAAUCACUCAGUAUGGAUGGAAUGGAUUUUCAGGCUCUACAUAACAGGAUAUUCCAGCCUCUUACGAAUCUAUCCCAUGUAUAUUUUAAGAAAUUCCAGUUCUGUGCUUAUACCCCACAUGUUCGUAGCUGCAAGCCUAACACCGAUGGAAUAUCAUCCUUUGAGAACCUGCUUGCUAACGCUGUCCUUCGAGUUUUUGUUUGGGUGGUUUCUGCUAUUACUUGUUCUGGAAACAUCUUCGUCAUUUGCAUGAGAUUUUACAUCAGAUCGGAGAACAAGCUUCAUAGCUUGUCUAUCAUGUCUCUUUGCUGUGCAGACUGCCUGAUGGGAAUAUAUCUUUUACUAAUUGGAUCAUAUGACCUUAGAUACCGUGGCGAAUACAAUAGGCAUGCUCAAAUGUGGAUGGACAGCAUGCAGUGUCGGAUAACUGGAUCUUUAGCAAUGUUUUCAACAGAGGUGUCUGUAUUACUUUUGUCUUUCCUGACUUUGGAAAAGUACCUCUGCAUUGUUUAUCCAUUCAGCAAUCUGAAGCCAGGAAAAUGCAGAACAGUUUUUAUUUUGGUUUUCAUUUGGUUUGUGGGAUUUGUCAUUGCAUUCACUCCCCUGAUGAAUAAUGACUUCUUUAAGAAUUAUUAUGGCAGAAAUGGAGUAUGCUUCCCACUGCAUUCAGAACAUUUGGACACUUAUGGAGCACAGAUAUAUUCAACUAUCAUUUUUCUUGGUGUAAACCUUGUCGCUUUCAUAGUGAUAGUAUUUUCCUAUGGAAGUAUGUUCUACAAUAUUCAUCAAACCAGUACAAUGGCAACAGAAUUCAGCAAACACAUUAAAAAGGAAGUAACCAUUGCCAAACGCUUCUUCUUCAUCGUCUUCACUGAUGCCCUUUGUUGGAUCCCUAUUUUUAUAUUAAAAAUUCUGUCUGUACAUAAGGUAGAAAUACCAGGUACCAUAAGUUCCUGGGUGGUCAUAUUCAUAUUGCCCAUUAAUAGUGCACUGAACCCAAUCCUCUACACUCUAACAACUCGAACUUUCAAGGAAAUGAUACUACGGUAUUGGUAUAACUAUAAAAAUAGAGGAAUUGUAAACAAACAAAGUCAGAAAAUCUGUGCACCAUCAUUCAUCCUCCUGGAAAUGUGGUCAUUUCAGGAGAGCAUACCAACAGUUAGAAAAAAUGAACUUUACAAUCCUUCAGAAAUCUCGCAAAUCACCAUUACAUUGAAGCUGCUGUCAGAAAGUUUUGUAUCAAAAAUUUAG